UGCUUACAAUAUGUCGAAGCUAUAUACUCGAUAUUUGGUGAAAUUUUUAAUUUUAUUUAUUUUACAAUUCUGUGGUACUAAUGGAAUUUGUGUUGGUAGAAUACAUAGAGCUUGUCUGGAACCUCUUUCACCUGAAGAAGCUAAUGAGAAACUUCUUUAUGCCCUAAGCAAGAAUGAAGAGGUCGAACGUAAGAUAACUGGAACGCCAACUAAUGUACAUGGUAAUCGUAUCUUAUAUGAGAAUGCCGAGGAGGUGAAUAUAGCUUUUCAAUAUAUCGAUAACACACCCAAGGAUAUUAUACAAUAUUGUGUGUUUGUGCUGAUAAGCAGAGUUGGAGAAUGUGAUGCCAUUCGCACAUAUUGCAAUACGUAUUUACCAAUAACACCACGCCCACUUUUAGAUCGUGAUACCAUAGUUAUAUGCGAUGGUCAAGUUAGAAGAGAUAAUCAAGUGGAACUUGUUGAACAACCAUUGGAAGGAGAACAAACUGAACUUAUAACUGAGGCCGAUAUUGCCAAAUAA